UGCGUGUCGGUGGUUGCAUUUCGUACUUUUAUAAGAAAACAGUGUUCUUGAUUGGAAUUGCGAGUAUUUUCACGAAUUAAUACCAUCUUACUAGCUCGAAAAGGACAAUAGGAAGAAAGAUGUCAAGCGCAGAGUCUUUAGCAGAAGUAACAGAUGUAGUUCAAAUUCUCAGACAAUGGGAAGAAGAGCAUCUCUCAUCUACAUACGACCCUAUUCCAACGCUUCAAAGACUGGCAGAAAUUAUAGAAUUAGAGACAGAGAAUUAUUUGAAAAUGGAUCCAGAUCCAUUUGAUGAAAGACAUCCAUCACGUACUGAUCCAGACUGUAAUUUCGGGCAUAUAUUGAAAGUUUUGUUUAGAAAAGAUAAUUUUAUGACCAAGCUUAUAAAUGAUUAUUUGAGAGACACCUACUGGUCUCGUGCAGGAAUCACAGGUCGUGACGUUGGGAAAUUGAAUAUUGCAGCAUGUCGUCUUAUGCUUGAUAUUCUUCCUGGCUUAGAAACAUCAGCAGUAUUUCAACCAGACAUGGAAGGACUUAUUCAUCGUCUUUUUUCAUGGGCGGAGAGGAGUGUAGAACCUUUGCAAAGUUAUGCAACUGGUCUUGUAGCUGCAGCUAUGGAGGUGCAAGAGAUUGCUACAGGUUUCAGAGAACAAAAUGGAAAAAUGGUGCCUCUGAUGUUACAGAGGCUUCAUAAAUUACAAGAGAAGGCACAUGAAGAUAGACAACUCGCAGCUAAUAAUAGACCGUUUGCACAUUUCGGCCAAGAUAGGAAUAGUGGAGGAGAUGGAGAAAACAAAGGUGUACCUGGAAAAAGAAAAGUACGGGAAAAAAGAAAAGAGAAUGGAGUUCUUAAGAGCCCUAACCAUAACGAAUGUUUCUCGGAGGAAGAAGACGAUUACCUUCAAUCACCCGAUGAUUCUGCCCCAUUACCUAAAAAGAAGAAGAACGAUACAGAAUGUGAAACUCCUGUAAAGAAUGACGUCUUGUAUCCGGAAAUAAUGUCCCCGCCUUUGUCAGUGCCAAAGAACUUCAAUUCCAAUAAUCAUAUGACACCCUCCAAGGCGCAAAGUACUCAUGGCAGACCACAGAAUGCUUCUUCAGCGCGAUGCAAUCUGUCCAAGAGCUCUGCAUCUUUGUCGCAAAGUUCUAGUACCCCGUCUACGUUGCUGGAAGGAAAUUCUAAUUCUUCGUGGGCAGAAAUGGAGUCGUAUGUCAUUGGAAACAUGCAAAUACAUCCUCCGACCUUGUCUACGAGGCAAAUGUUGAUACUUAGGUAUCUUACACCAAUGGGUGAAUAUCAAGAAUUCUUAGGUCAUGUUUUCGAACAAGAUGCUCUGAAACUAAUUCUGAAGUAUAUUAAUGUUAGAGAAACCAAGGAUAGUCGUCUGGCCUUUGAAGCUUUAAAAUAUUUGGCUUCUCUUCUUUGUCAUAAAAAAUUCUCCAUUGAAUUCCUAAAUGUUGGAGGCUUGCAAAAAUUACUGGACGUUCCAAGGCCCAGUGUUGCUGCUACUGGUGUUUCUAUAUGUUUAUAUUACCUAGCCUAUUGCGAAGAUGCAAUGGAACGGGUGUGUAUGUUGCCGAAACGUGUUAUAUCGAAUCUUGUUACCUACGCAUUGUGGCUGCUGGAACGAAGUCAUGAUUCGGGGAGGUGUCACGCAACAAUGUUCUUUGGAUUCUCCUUUCCAUUUAAAGCAAUACUAGUAGAAUUUGAUGCGCAGGAUGGAUUACGAAAACUUUUCAACGUGAUAUCCACAUUACCGAUCCUGAACCUUGAAGAGGAACCAACAUUGAACGACGAUGAAGAAUGUGCUUCUAGACAGAUAGUUAGGCACGUCGCUGUAGCCUUAAAGCGAUAUAUGGAAGCCCAUUUAUAUGUAGAGGCAGAACUAUUAGACAGAGCACAUAGGUUACGGAAAGCACAAAAUAUUGUAGCGGAAACUGCGGCAUUAAAACCGUUUCUACCUCCUUAUAAAGCUUGCAAAUUGAGCAGCGAGGAAGUGCAGGAAAAGGUGGAAGUACUUCAUAAAUUAUUUAAUGUACUGGCAAUAUGGCUACCGGUAGAAGAACUGCAUCGUCUUGGGGGCAUACCGCUUUUACUUCAGAUCAUUGCUUUUGCCAGGGAAUGGAAUUACAGCGGUCGUGUUCAUACAACGUCUAGCGCGGAGACAGUUCGUUCCUGUCUAGAUGUAAUAGCUAUUUGUUGCCUGGUGCCGAAAGUGACGAUCCAGCUCUGCCAAAGAGUGGACAUGCCAGACAUGUCGAUGACAAUGGCGAUUAAUUUAAUUCUGGCUGCGGCGGAGUGUGAAAUCAUCGCGGAUGCUGACGUGCAGAGAGCUGCGUUGAGAGUUGUAAUCAAUUGUGUUUGUGCUCCAAUACACAGGAUCGGUGGUACUUACCCAUGGCAAUCGGCGUCUGUCUCUAAUAAGAAGACAAUAGAUAUUUAUAACAGCGAAGAAUUGAUUCGCAAAGUCUGGGAGAGCGUAAGAUCCAAUAACGGCAUAAUGGUUUUAUUACAAUUAAUGAUGGUGAAAACACCGAUCACAGAUGCGGAUAGUAUAAGGGCGUUAGCCUGUCGUGCCUUAGCGGGUUUGGCACGUAGCGAGAAAGUUAGACAAAUCAUUAGCAAGCUGCCGAUGUUCACCGAUGGACAAAUUCAAGCUCUCAUGAAAGACCCUAUACUACAAGAGAAGAGACAGGAACACGUCAUGUUUCAGAAGUAUGCUUUAGAGUUGAUGGAAAGAGUUUCAGGAAAAGCUAAACCUACUGGAGCAGAAUAUGAAAUUUCUUUAGCCAGCCUACACAGGGCAAACGUGGUAGCACAGACAAGAAUACAAUACAACGAACAGCAGUUGAAUCAAUUAAUCUACCAACACUUAAUGUCAAAAGGUUUAACAGAAACUGCAUCAACUUUGCAAAAAGAAGCAAGCCUGGUUUCUUCUGCAAUAAUGAAACCUGUGACCACAUAUCAUCAUUUUACUUACCGCAGCCCAGCGAUCAGUGGAACGAGAAGUGGUUUUUCUCCGGGAGCACCUGUUAAUUUAUACAAUACGAGUAGAGGUAACCAAAGAGAAGUGUCUUCUCGGAGUAACACCACGCCCACGUCAUCGUCUAGGUAUAUAUCUCACUCGAAUGCACACAGUUCAGGCACAUCGUCCCUGUCAGGCGGAAACAGUGUGCGCUUGAAACUUUCCGAUUGUCUUAAUCAAAAUAUCGUUCCACCUAGCACAAAUCAACCUCUUAAACUACAAAUUAAUACAAAGAAAAAUCAAGCUGACAAACAGCCUCUAGUCAAUUCUAUGAAUUGUCAGUCGAUUGGUCAGACGACUAUGUGUAGAUCGUUACAGAAACAAAUUUCACGAGAUCCCGGAAGCGUCGCAACGACCGGAGUAGCUGCUAUUAAUCCGUCCACUAUAACAUUGGACUCUAUUAUUACAGCGUAUUUAACUAAUCAACACGCACUCUGUAAAAAUCCUAUGGUCACAUGUCCGCAAUUUGAUCUCUUCGAACCACAUAAAUGUCCAGAUCCUCGUACAAAGACUUCGACAUCGACAAAUGCAACUGUAAGAUUAGCGCGAAGAGCAUUAGGCAUAGGCGGUAGUAUAUUGGAUAGAAGACAUAUUUAUAGUCGGUUUUGUCCUGUAAAAACUUUCCGGCCUACGGAUGUUGGCAGUUUCACCUGUUGCAUCUUCUUGCCUUCUCAGGAUUAUCUGAUGCUAGGUACUUACGCGGGGGAUGUGAAAAUGGUAAAUGCACACACAGGAUUGGAGGAAGCAACCUAUCCAUGUCACGAGUCUUAUGUUUAUCAUAUGGAAUGUAACCAACGUGGAAAUUUAUUGUUAUGCUCUACUGUAUGGCGAAGUCCCAUGUCUGCACUUUGGAGUAUAGGAACAUUCUUUGAUAUGAAAUUGUCGUUGGAAAAUGAAGAUUACGUUGAGUUUAGUAAACUUCAGGAUAAAAUUAUUGGAACUCAAGGGGAAAGUGCUACGAUUUAUGAUAUAGCCACAGGAGAAUUAGAACUCACCCUCUCACCUACGAUUUCUAAUCAGUACACUAAAAAUCGUGCUACAUUCAGCAUGAACGACGAACUGGUCCUGAGUGACGGGAUUCUGUGGGAUGUAAAUACCGCAAGAAAAGUUCACAAGUUCGAUAAAUUAAAUCAAACACUUAAUGGAGUUUUCCAUCCAAAUGGCACAGAGGUGGUAUCAAACACAGAAGUAUGGGAUUUAAGAACUUUCCAUUUGUUAAAAACCGUGCCAACGCUCGAUCAAAUGGAAGUUAUAUUUUCGCCUGUUAAUAAUAUUAUAUAUGCUGUACCGUUGGAUCAGGAAAACCGAGAUGAAUCACAUUACGUUACUUCUUUUAAAACACUAGAUGCUUUGGACUACAGUAACAUUGCAACUUGUGACGUCAAAAGAGGAAUUUACGGGCUGGCUUGUAAUAAAUACGACACGCAGAUAGCAAUCGUUGAAAAUCAGGGUGAAUUUGAUAGUAUCCAGGAGUCUUGCGUUAGGUUGUACGAUGUUGGCCGAAGAAGAGACGACGAGGAUGAAGCCGACGAAGAUGACGAUGAAGAAGAUCUUGAUGCAAGCGACGAUGAUGGUUCAAAUUCUGGUUCUGAUGAUAAUAACGCUGAUGAUCCUGAUGCAAGCGACGAUGAUGGUUCUAAUUCUGGCUCUGAUGAUAAUGACGCCGAUGAUGCAGACAAUCCAGAUGCAAGUGCAGAGGAAAAUGGCGAUGAAAAUGAGCGAAACGAUCUCGAAAACAACGAUGACGAUAAUGAGGACGCAGCCGACAGCGAUGAUUUCAGGGAAAAUACGACAGAUUACAGCCGGUCUCCCGGUUCUCCCGAUAUCUCUCUAUCUGAUUUCUCUGAUCUUGAAAUUCUAUUUCCAUAAAUGUUCUAAAAAUAGGAACAAAUAGAUGAUGAAUGUUCGUUUUAAACAGUUUAAAUGCAUUUUACAAGAGGGUUUAUUUCAUUUUUGGCCAACCAUGAGGCUAAACGAUGUGUUAUAACUAAAUAUAUGUUUUCCUUAUUAAAUAUCAAUUGGCGAAAUAGGAAUAUACAUUUAAGGAAACAGACAAAAUAUUGCAAUGCCAUUAAGUAACUAAUAGGGAGUGUCAGAAGUCUGAUCAUUUAACUUUGUAAUUAAAUAAUCAGUCAAAUGGAUUACCUAUUUGUAUUUAGAAUUUUGUUACAAUAACAUUUUAAAAGAAUGUGUAAAUUUUGACGUAGCUACAACUUAAACGUAUCACAGGAAAGCGAACAUUAUAUUUCGCCAACGUAUAAUGUUCUGUAAUUAAGAACCCUUUUAAGUUUUCCGUCA